AUGAAUCUCGCCUGGGUACCGCACCUCAUUGUCCUGGGGACGCUGCUGGGAGCCGACUACACCAGUACCGAUACGGCAGGUUCCUGGUGCUACAAAGACCCAAAAUGCGGUCCAGAGACAUGGGCAGCUCUGGGGCACUGUAACGGCACCAGGCAGUCCCCGAUCAACAUCGUCACCCCUGCGGCUGUCCACAAUCCCCACUUGGGGGCUGUGUCCCUCGCUGGCUAUGGGGAUGCCAAGAAGCUUAUCUCCAUGGAAAACACGGGGACGACAGUGGACGUGCAUUUAGCGGAUGGGCUUCAUCUCUGCGCUCAGGGGCUCCCAGCUAUCUACACAGCCAAAUCCUUCCACCUGCACUGGAGCCAGGGGUCAGACAAGCCUGGCUCGGAGCAUUUCAUCAAUUACAAAGGGUUCUCCAUGGAGCUCCACAUUGUGCAUACCAAGAACAACCUGAACAAGACUGAUGCCCUCAAGGAUCCCGAGGGAAUCGCUGUGCUGGCCUUCUUCCUCCAGGCAACAGCCCACGCACGCCCCUCCCACUCCUGGGAUUCCUUCACCCGGCACUUGAAGAACGUGGCUCUGAAGGGGAAGAAAACGAAUCUGGACGGCUCCUUCUCCCUGCGGGGGCUCCUGAGCUCGGUGGAUCUAGCCCGCUAUUACCGCUACCCCGGCUCCCUCACCACCCCCACCUGUGACGAAGUCGUGGUCUGGACUGUCUUCCCCGACCCCAUCCUGGUGCCUCUUGACGUGGUGGCUGCGUUCCCCUCCAUCCUCCACUCCACAAACUCAGAUGCUGGGCCUCGGUUGCAGAACAACUACCGGCCUUUGCAGAGCCUUGGGGAUCGCCAAGUGCAGGCCUCGGCGGCCCUCCGAGUCGCCCCCAGCUCCUCUUCCACCCUGCGGCCUGCAGCCUUGAUCCCUCUGCUCAUCAGUACCGCAGCAAUCACCUGGCACCUAUAGGGGGACAGAGCCAGACACCUAGAGGCUGGGCCUAGGCGGGGGGGUGCCGGGAGCCAGGACUCCUGGGUUCCAUUCCUGGUUCAGCCACAGACUCCCUAUGUGACCGUCAUCAAGCACCAUCCCGCUCUUGGCCUCAGUUUCCCCAUCUAUAAAAUAGGGAUAGGUUUUGCUCCACAGUCCUGGAGACAGCAUUGAUCACAGUCCUCUUUGAGAAUGGGUGGGAACACACCCUUCAGCUAAUAUAACUCAGGAAGAAUGGAUUGCAAGCCCCACACUGCCAGGAGUUUGGACUGAGUGGGCAGAGGGGCUGUGACGUUGCACUCCAUAUGUUUUAUAAAAGUAUGCUUAUGAAUGUAAAUAUGAUGUAACUGGAAUAUGCUUUAUGCAAAAGGUCUUUUGUAAGGUAUCAUUACAAAGCUUAUAAUCUACUGAGUGUGUUCAUCCUAUUUGUAUGCAUGUAUCAUUCUUGUAUCUGAAGCUAGAAAUAUGAAGUAUAACUCCGAGGUCCUAUUGUAAUGAUGCAAAGUGUGGGCCAUUAAUGGUGGUUUAGAAUCUUGAUGGCUCCCAUUGACUAGGACAAUUGGUUGUAGAUGUUUUAUUUACCUGCAAGCCUUCCUGUGUACGUAUGGGCCAGCCCCUGGGUAAUGAAGAAUGAGGUCUUACAGGACAUUCGACCAUGUCACAUGAUACUGGAAUCCAUCUUAAAUCUGGUACUUUUCCAUUUAGAAGGAGGGGUGGGGACCCAGAGAGACAAAAGAUUCCCGCCUUGUGCCAAAGCUAUAAAAGGGGGUAGAAUAGGACAAAGAAGGCCAGUCAUGAGAACAGCCCUGCUUACAAGCUAAGGCUGCCAGUCAUGAGAAAGCCCCUGUUUUCCACCUAAGAUGUCUGCUGGAACUAACAAGGACUGUACCAGGGGAAAGGAUUGGGCCCAGACUAGGAAGGAGUCUAGUCUGUGAAAGAAGCUUGUUGGAACAUAUCUGAGGGUGAAAUAUUACCUCUAAUCGGUUUCUUAAUGUAUUAGGCUUAGACUUGCGUGUUUUUGCUUUAUUUUGCUUGAUGACUUACUUUGUUCUGCCUGUUUUGACUUGAAACCACUUAAAUCCUACUUUUUAUACUUAAUAAAAUAACUUUUGUUUAUCAA